GAGAAUCAUGCAUCCAUACUCAGUGGCUUGGUCCGCCUCGGGCCAAGGACUGCUAGAGGUGUUUAGGAAGCUUGAACUGAUCUCACGGGAACGUAUUUCUUGGCUAUAAUCACGCAAGUAAGAGCAAUAAGUUAGCUUCACGAUAUUGAUGACGGCUUCAUCGGCAUCUUCUAUGCUCCGCCGGAACAAAUACGGUGGCUAUAUAAGUGUAGAGAACGCCAUCUCUUGUCAACGAACAGAAGCACCACCAACAGCCUCAAGCCUCUCAAUUAGUCUCACCAUCAUUCCAACCUUCCACAAUGGCCAGCAUCCUCCGUCUUGCUCUCUUUGUCGGAGCUCUUCUCCCGGCUGCCCUCACUGCUCCCACAGCUGCUCCCGCUGCCGCUCAACAGAAGCGUGAGGUUAUCCCUGGAAAAUACCUCGUUACUCUCAAGACCGGCGCCACCGUCAGCGAUGUCGAGUCUCACUUGACCUGGGUCAGCGACGUCCACCGACGCAGCCUGAGCAAGCGUGACACGGCCGGCGUGGAGAAGACUUAUAACAUCAGCUCUUGGAGUGCUUACGCCGGUGAAUUUGACGAUGAGACCAUCGCGGAGAUCAAGAACAGCCCAGAGGUUGCCGAAGUUGAGGAAGACCAAGUCUGGUAUCUCUGGGAUGCCGUGGAGGAUAAGGUCUCCGACAGAGCAUUGACUACCCAAUCUGGUGCUCCCUGGGGGCUCGGAACGAUCUCCCACAGAACUAGUGGCUCGACUAGUUACGUCUAUGACACCUCUGCAGGUGCCGGUACUUACGGCUACGUGGUCGACAGCGGCAUCCAGGUUGCGCACAGCCAAUUUGGCGGCAGGGCAACCCUUGGAUACAACGCCGUCGGCGGCUCCCACGUUGAUACUCUGGGCCAUGGAACACACGUUGCUGGCACUAUCGGGGGCUCGACCUAUGGUAUUGCUAAGCAGGCCAACCUCAUCUCCGUCAAGGUAUUCGCAGGUAGAGAGGGCACCACAUCGACUAUUCUUGCCGGGUACAACUGGGCCGUCAACGACAUUAUCUCUAAGAGCCGCCAAAAACGCUCUGCCAUCAACCUGUCGCUCGGCGGAGGUGCCUCUUCGGCAUGGACUAACGCAGUUCAGGCUGCUUACACCUCGGGCGUCCUCACGGUUGCCGCAGCGGGUAACGGAGACGAAUUCGGCAACCCCCUUCCCGUAUCCUCCCAGUCUCCUGCCAACGCCCCUAACGCCAUCACUGUUGGAGCGAUUGACUCGAGCUGGCGGCCCGCUUCUUUCUCCAACUACGGUGCUGGUGUCGACAUUAUGGCCCCUGGUGUAAGCGUUCUGUCCUCGUGGAUUGGAUCCAACACGGCUACUUCAACCAUCAGCGGAACUUCCAUGGCGUGUCCCCAUGUCGUGGGACUCGCUCUGUACCUCCAGGCUUUGGAGAACCUCAGCACACCUGCCGCUGUAACCAGCCGUAUCAAGGCUCUGGGGACUUCUGGCAAAAUUACCGGCACCUUGAGGGGCAGUCCCAACCUUGUUGCGUACAACGGCAACGGUGGUUAAGUCAACUUAAUUGUUUGUGGUGUGAGAGCUUGUCGAGGAGCUUGCUGAUUUGGUGGGUCGAUAUAAGAAGGGUGAGAAGGGUGGAAUGUGGAUGUUCUUGUAUAUGACGAGUAAUGUCACGUACUGAAUUGUGUAUGUCAACUCGCCUGAGCCAUAAUGAAGUGAAAGGCUCAGAAGCUUUGCGUACAGACAGCUUCUGAAAUG